AGAACUUUUCAGUUCACCACUCCUCUGGAACAACUUUCCUUUUUAUCAUCUUGAUUUAUUUAUUUUUUUAUUGAACUCUGGGGUCGAUUAGAGCACAGCUUGAGUGUGGAAUGGCUGAACUGGUGCGAAUCCGAAAGAAAAAGCUCCAAAUUCCUAUUUCUAGGCUGAGAAGUAUGCUGAAGCAGAUUGAAGAGAAAGAAGUCGAUUUUGAAGAUAUCAGAAAAAAUUUGGACUUCACGGCAUCGUUACUAGAGGCAGUUUACCUCGAUGGAACGAGACAGUGUCUGGAGUCAGAGGACGAUCUUCAACAGCUGCAGUCAGACGGGGUGCCAUCAGAGGUCACUGACUGGCUGGCGUCCACCUUCACCCAAAGGAUUCGACGGCCUUUGAGACGCUCAGAUGAGAAGCCUAAGUUUCGCAGCAUUGUGCAUGCAGUGCAGGCUGGAAUAUUUGUGGAGAGGAUGUUUAAGAGGGCCUACACAGCGACCAUGCCAGACCAACCUGCAGCAGUCAUAAACUGCCUAAGGGAUGUGGACCGUUGGAGCUUUGAUGUUUUCGCUCUAAACUCCGGCAGCUCUGAUCACGCACUACAAACUCUGUUCUUUGAACUGAUCACAAGAUAUGACCUCAACAGCCGCUUUAAGAUUCGUAUCUCGUGCCUGACUGAAUUCUUGUCUGCCCUGGAAAGAGGAUACUGCAAAUACAACAAUCCCUAUCACAACCUUGUUCAUGCGGCUGAUGUGACCCAGACCCUGCACUGCCUGCUGCUGCGCUCCGGCCUCGUGCACUGGCUGACAGAGCUUGAGGUGAUGGCUUCUCUGUUUGCUGCAGCCAUUCAUGACUUCGAACACACAGGAACCACAAACAACUUUCACAUCCACACAAGGUCAGAGUUUGCUCUGAUUUAUAAUGACAGAUCUGUGCAGGAAAGUCAUCACUUAAGUGCAGCAUUUCGCCUGCUGCAGGACGACCGGCUGAACAUUUUCAUUAAUUUGACACGAGAGGAGUGGAUGGAGAUGCGAUCACUUGUUAUAGAGAUGGUUUUGGCCACUGACAUGUCCUCCCACCUAAUUCAAGUCAAAGCCAUGAAAUCCUCUCUACAACAACAGGAGAGGAUUGAUAAGCCCAAGGCGUUGUCUCUCUUACUGCACACGGCUGACAUCAGUCAUCCAUCCAAGCCCUGGGCACUGCACUCUCGCUGGACCAAAGCUUUAAUGGAGGAGUUUUUCAGGCAGGGCGAUAGAGAGGCGGAGCUCGGCCUUCCCUUCUCUCCACUAUGUGAUCGAAAAAGUACCCUAGUAGCUGAGUCCCAGAUAGGUUUCAUUGACUUCAUUGUGUAUCCUACAUUUUCCCUGUUGACGGACAUAGCAGAGAAAAUUGUUAUUCCCUUGGUGGAGGAGAACCCAGGUCCCCCGGACCCCUGCAACAGACACAGUAAUCUUUGGAAGGAGAGCUCCAGAGGUCUGCAGUGGAGUCUUGCACACGUCACAGCCGAGCUGGUGAGUUUUCGCUCUACGUGGACGCGACACACAGAAGACAACAAGCUCAAAUGGAAAGAGAUUGGCUCGAAUGGAUUUUCUGACUCCAGUUUUACAAACGAACAAGAAUCCAGACAGAAGGAACGGUCAGAAAAAUCUCUGAAAGACACCACCGAAAAUGCAAAACCGUAGAAGGGACUUUUUGUGAUAGGGGCUUGUUUCCAAGGAUUUCGACACACAUCAACUGAAACUGGGAAUCACAGAAUCACAAAAUCGUUUGUUAUAAUGUGUGACAGGGAGAAAAGUAUGAGUAGACUUAAAAAUAAGAUCAUCUUCCAAAGGUAAGAUGAUGUGCAAUAACAAUGAUGUCCUAAUGUCUUAUUUUAAGAGUAGUAUACCACAGUAAUUUAAAUGGAAAGUGGACAUGCUGGUCAUGUCAUUGGGCAGUCAAUGGUUUUAAUUUAAGUUGCCAUUUAAACACAACAGGAGCUGUUUUUCAGUUGUAGUUGUAGAACUACACAAACAUAUUUAACCUGCAUUAAACUUUAAAAUAUACUUCA